GCAUGCUCAGGACACUGAGCCUCCGACGCUGCGCGUUUACUUUUAUAUUAUAUCAGGAUUUGUCUUAAAUUUGUCCAGUAAGUAAAUGUCACUUAUGGAGCAAACAUGGGCUUCAGAAAAAGCUCUCGCAUAGAAACAGGAGAGCACUAAUAUGGUGUGUCUAUAGCUUUUAAAAACAAAAGUGAAAGUGCUGUAGUGCAUUCGUAGCAAUUUGAUCGUCUCAAACUUGAAAUUGACAAAAACACGGAACAUCUACAGACAUUAUGAUUAUGAUCGAGGUAAUUUUGUUCGGAUACUUCAUGACAUGCGUCUGUGCCGAUGGGGUUGCAGAUGUAGUACUUUCUUGUACUCUGGUGGAGGAGGGAGUAGGACUUGGUGGAAUGGGAGGCGGGGCUCUCUUUACCAGGACACCAGCCACUCUGGUAUUUCGAGAUGUUGCAGUGGGUCCUGAUGAAUCACUGGAAACCCUCACUCCGUUUGUCCCACCCUCAGUCCCUGAUCCAGACCUCAUCCUAUUUGAGACUAAAGCGUCUUCACCUGAGAUCCCCAAUGCAGACGUGUUGCUCCAUGCAGACUGCAAUGAGCUGGAGGUGAUGUGUGAAAUAAGUCGCUAUUCUCCUCGGGGACUCCAGGAAAGUUCAGAUCCAGCCUUUUUUAUGGUGUCCCUUGGUGUGGAGAGUCUUCAGUUCAGCACUUCUCUGAUUCUGCAGACUUUGACGGUAGAAAAAGAUCAAUCACACCUGAUACAAAACAAACUCAGUCUGCCUCUCAGCCAGUCAGGGACUCUACUGACUAAAGUUAUAUUCCUGGUGUUUUCCCAUAUAAAUUCUGUAUCUGCCCCUCUGAGAGGUGAUGUUCUCCUCAACUGUGGCUUCAAGCAGCAGGAGGUCCCACUAGCAGAGGAAGUGGGUGUUGAAUGGCGACUGCAGCACAGAGGAAAAGGCUGGAAAGUGCUUGAAAUGAAGACAAAGCUGGAUGAUACAGAAGGACCUGCAGUGGUUCAUGGUGAGCGGAAGGGCUCAAGCAUGAAUGCUGGCCAGGUUGUCAGUGAGGGGAACGUCUCUAUGACCCUGAGUGGGCUGAAAGCUAUUGAUGAAGGCACCUACAUCUGUACAGUCAAUGUUGGUCAUUUCCAUGCCCAGCAGGUCAUUCAGCUGCUAAUUAUCCAGCCUCCGCAGGUUUUGCUGUCAGAGGAGAAGUUGGUUUUAAAUAAAAAGUCACCCCAGACGUUAAGCUGUCACUGCAACAAAUACUAUCCACUGGACUGUCAGAUGGAGUGGCUUUCCCUUUCACCGACAGACACAGAGCCUGAACUCUUUAAAGAUCAGGGCUCCCUGUCUAGCCAUCGACAGCAUGGAGACGGGACGUACUCUCUGUCGUCUCACCUUACUGUGCCUCCCACUGUCUCCCCAGGCACCAAAAUCACUUGCAGGGUGUCCCAUCAAGCCCUGGAUGCUCCUCUGCACCUCAGUCUGGUGGUAGAAAGUCCUCAACCGGAUUCCUAUUGGUGGGUCCUGGGUUUCCUGAUCAUCACUGUACUUUUCUUCUAUCAGGUCAUGAAAUAGGUUAAUCUGAAAGCACCUUGACUUGAAACUGAGCCCAGAAUUGGUUGAUUUUGUCAUUGUAGAUUUUUAAGUUAUUACCAAUUACGUUUUAAACUGUUGUGGCCGCCUGCAGAACAGUCACAUUUGAGGGGAUAGAACAGUGCUAACUAUGCUGUACAUGACUGCUUUGUACAUGUUGUGAUGAUUGUUUUUGCGCUAGCAAGAUUGGAAGUUGUAUUUAUGUAUUUCUGUACUCCAUAUUAGGCUGAUUUCUAGUCUCCAAUUCUGUCAACGGUGGGGUAGACUAAGUGGUAAUCUUGGGUUUUCUAUUACAACAUGGCUAAUCAAGGUAAGUUAAUAUGGGAAACUAUGCUGUGAACAUAGCCUGGUAGGGAGUCAUUUUUGUUGUGAUUUCGAGACUCAGUGGGUGAUGCCUUUCAUAGGUUUGGCUAAACCUACACGGAGUUGUGUUAGUUGCACCAUAGCCAGUGUUUUGGUACCGACAACGCAGCUUACUAUUGCAGGCCUUAUCAGAGGAUUUCUUAAACCUCCUUUCUGGAUUACCUCUAGAUCACAAGCUACUUGUCAGCAAAAACAAAAAAAAAAACAAAACAAAAACAAAAAAACUUUUGUCACAUGCAAACGAAUAACUGAAGUUUCAUUACAGUAUCUCUACCGAGUUUUCUCAACUUUUGUGGUACACAUCGAGCACAAUAAUUUUCUUAUCCCAGUAGAAAAGACCACGUCUUUUUAAAUGAUCUAUCACUUUUGUUAGGGGGAGUUAUUUUGCGGAACGAAAUUUUCAUGUGGUCUCUAAUUCCUGUCAAAACUAUCCUCUAUCACAGAAAAUUAUACACUUGCGGAAGUCCUACAUAUAUUAACUAUAUCUAAAAUGAUUAAUAAGUUGUUGGAAUUAAUAGAAAUGUGAACAUACUGUAUUUAAAACCCUAUAAUUGGUCUUUAAAGCUUUUGUGCUAAUUUGUAUUAUUUUGCUGUUGUAAAGAAAUUAACUGAUAAAUUUGUUUAACUUUUAUGUGUCAACUUAAACAUUUUACUGUUAAAACACUGUAAAUUAAAAUCUUAAACUCCUCAAACUUACCAAUUAGAAAUUUAUUGGAGAUGCCAAGAUUUUCAAAGCCAUCCAAAGUUAAACAGAAUUAUAGCUGAAUGUUUCAAAUUAUGCACAAAACAUCUUUAUUAUCCCAGUAAGAUGGUGUGGUUGUCAUGUUUCACAUUUCUUGUUUCUUGGUUUACUUAUGUUCUUUCAUUUUCUGGGUUUAUGUGUCAUGUUCUUUGUUUUUUAGUUUCUGCUCAUUCGUUCGUCUGGUCUUAUUUGUCCCUUCACCUCACAUGUGCCUCAUUAACCCUUCAGUGUAUUUCAGGCAUUGGUUUCAGUUCCUCCUUGCCAGUCCAUUGUUUGUUUGUUGUCAGUUAGUGUUGUUGGUUUCCCCGUUUUCCUGUCCAUGCCUUGUUAAAGUUUGGCCACCGGAGUCUUUUUGUUUUGUAAGUUUUAGUUUUGUUAUUAAAAUCUUUUACCUGCA